AUGCAUUUCACCGAUGAUGAAGCGAAUGACGUGAAGCAUUGGGUGGUCAAAAAGCUGGAGGACAUCUCGGAUGCAGACUCCGACGUUCUAGCAGACUACGUUCUUGCGCUCAUUAGAUCUGAUGCACCGGACGACGAGAUCCGAAAGACCUCGGUUGAAAACCUGGAGGAUUUCCUCCGCGAAAACACUGUUCCCUUUGUCGACGAGCUCUUCAAAUCUUUCGGCUCGAAACAAGCUCAGGCUGCGCCCCCUCAGUCCCAGCUUCAACGGCCUCCCCAGGACUUCCCACAAGCCAUUCCCACAAGCCAGCUGGCAGCCAAUGUCCCAACUGGACCAAGAUCUGACUUCAACAACCGAAAACGGACCUACAAUGAAGGAUUCCAGGGCGACCAGGAGCAAGGCCACUUCAACCCCCAGGACCGGGCUUUCAAGACCCCACGACGCGGUCGUGGAGCUGCUCGUCAUGGACAAGGUGGUCCGUUCCCACCCACUGGCCCUGGUGGAUUCCCGGGCAUGAUGCCUGGAUUCCAGCAGUUUGAUCCCAAUGACCCGAUGACCACAAUGAUGGCCAUGCAACAGCAGAUGGGAUUUCCGCAGAUGCCUGGCAUGCCACCUAUGCCUGAAAUGCCUGCUUUGGGUCAGCCUGGAUCUGAGCAGAUGAGCAACCAACGUUGUCCGUUUUACGAUACUCAGGGUAUUUGCUAUAUGGGCGAUGCAUGUCCUUACCAGCAUGGUGAAGCUGGAGCCGGAGGUCGUGAUGAAUAUGACCCAAGAGCCUCAAUGAUGGAAACAGGUGGACGUGGACGCGGCGAUCGAGGCCGUGGUGAUCGGGGCCGUGGCCGUGGCCGCGGUGCGUUCGGCGGACGCAGAGGUGGCCGGUCCGAAUUCUCAUCAGCUGGCCCCAAUGAGGACCAGUCAAUAACGACAAUUGUAGUCGAGCAGAUCCCCGACGACAAGUUCUCGGAAGAGGCAGUACGCGAAUUUUUCUCGCAAUUUGGCAACAUCGUUGAGGUCACUUUACAGCCGUACAAAAAGCUGGCACUUGUCAAAUACGGGAGCUUUGCCGAGGCCAAGCAGGCAUGGUCCAGCCCCAAGGUGAUCUUCGAUAACCGCUUUGUCAAGGUCUAUUGGCACAAACCGAAGCACGAUGAGAAUAAUGGCGAGCCUCACCAGUUGAGACCCGAGGCGCCUGCAUUCAACCCCGAAGAAUUCGAGAGACAGCAGGAGGAAGCCCAAAAAGCGUACGAGGAGAAGAUGAAGAAGCGUCGGGAAACCGAGGAGGCCAAGCAGGCUCUCGAGCGUCAGCGGGACGAACUUUUGAAAAAGCAACGGGAGGAAAAAGCCCGUCUUUUGCAGCGUCUCGGAGGGGCAGAGUCGAGCAACGGUGUCGGCUCCGAGGACCAGUCCAUGGCGGGCACCGCCGAUGAGAACGUGAGCGAGGAGACCAAAAAAUUGCGUGCUCAGCUGGCUACUCUCGAGGCUGAGGCCAAAACUCUAGGAAUCGAUCCCAAUGCCGAGUCUGGGCGCGGUGGUUAUCGCGGGCGUGGUGGCUACCGGGGCCGCGGUACUUACCGUGGACGUGGAGGCUACGAUGCCUCGUUCCGCGGUGGCUAUCGCGGCCGAGGAGGAUUCGCUCCCCGUGGUCGUGGUGGUGUGUUGCGUCUGGACAACCGACCACGACGUAUUGCUGUGACAGGUGUAGAGCUCAACUCACACAAGGAUGAGGCGCUCCGCCAACACUUGAUUGGCAUUGCCGAAUACGAAUCCAUUGAGCCUAAUCCCGGCCAGUCCGACUCGGUCAUCGUGUCUUUUAAGGAGCGCUAUCAAGCUGAGAAAUUCAUGUUCUCGCCCUGGAAUAUUCCCUCGGUGGGCGAGGUUCAGCUUUCAUGGCUUCCUAACCCACCCAUCACUCUUCCCGCAUCAUCCACCGAGAAGAGCGGCUUCGAGGAGGACCAGGACAUGGCUAUGGACUCAGCUUCGGCCACCGAGGCGCCCAUUCCGGCUCCGACACGCAGCGACAUGGAUUAUGAUGUUGCCGAGGACGAUAAUUGGGGCAUGGAGUAA